ACGCAAUCCUGAAUAGCCCAGGCUUCCCUCACCUCCGCGCUCCCAGUCCCUCCUUUUCGGCCUCCACACGUCACGCUCCGCACUCUCCGCCGCCGUCUCGCCGGGUCGCGCUACUCUGAAACAGGACGCUAUAAUCCAUUUCCCCUUACAGCGGCGGGGCCUAAUAAUUCCCUCCAACGCGCCGAGCCAAACCCGCUCCCUUUACGUACCACGACAGGAGUUCGCAGCGACGCGCGACACACCGCAGCUGAGAGCGCGCGACAACACGCCAGAGUGAGGCCGCUGGGCCGGAGACGCGAUAUUGUGCUGCCAUCAUGUCGAGCUCCAACACUAUAAAAGUGGUGGCGCGGUUCCGCCCGCAGAACAAGAUUGAAAUCGCCAGCGGGGGAGAACCCAUAGUCGAGUUCAAAGGGGAGGACACAUGUACGAUCUCGUCGAAAGAGGCCUCCGGGGCCUUUACCUUCGACCGGGUAUUCGACAUGGCCUCGCGCCAAGCCGAUAUCUUUGACUAUUCCAUCCGACCGACCGUCGACGAUAUUCUAAAUGGAUACAACGGCACCGUGUUUGCUUAUGGGCAGACAGGCGCAGGCAAGUCGUAUACCAUGAUGGGGACGGACAUCGACGAUGAGAACGGCAAGGGGAUCAUUCCGCGUAUGAUCGAGCAGAUCUUUGCGAGCAUACUGGCCUCUCCAAGCAAUAUUGAAUACACGGUCCGGGUCAGCUACAUGGAGAUCUACAUGGAGCGCAUUCGGGAUCUGCUAGUGCCGCAGAACGACAACCUACCGGUGCACGAGGAGAAGAACAGGGGCGUAUACGUAAAGGGCUUGCUGGAGGUAUAUGUCUCAAGCGUGGAGGAGGUCUAUGAGGUCAUGCGAAGAGGUGGGAAUGCGCGAGCCGUUUCUGCCACAAAUAUGAACCAGGAGUCCUCGCGGUCACAUUCCAUCUUCGUUAUAACCGUCACGCAGAAGAACGUCGAAACAGGGUCCAUGAAGAGCGGACAGCUUUUCUUGGUCGAUCUGGCUGGUUCGGAGAAGGUCGGAAAGACUGGCGCAAGCGGACAGACUCUGGAAGAAGCGAAGAAGAUCAACAAGAGUUUGAGCGCGUUGGGCAUGGUCAUCAACGCGCUGACAGACGGCAAAUCCUCACACAUCCCCUACCGAGAUUCCAAGCUCACGCGUAUCCUGCAAGAAUCGCUCGGUGGUAACUCUCGGACAUCGCUCAUCAUCAAUUGCUCGCCGAGUAGCUACAACGAUGCCGAAACGCUGAGUACGCUGAGAUUCGGUAUGCGGGCGAAGGCGAUCAAGAACAAGGCCAAGGUCAACGCAGAACUCAGUCCGGCAGAGCUCAAGGCGAUGCUCAAGAAGGCACAGGGACAGGUCACGACGUUCGAAACAUAUAUUGCAAGCCUCGAGGGCGAGGUGGCUCUGUGGCGUGCUGGCGAGGCAGUACCUCAAGAGAGGUGGACACCGGCGUUGGAGAAGGGUGCAGCCCCAAGCAGGAAGACCCCCUCGACACCCUCGCGUGCGCAGACACCGUCAAGGCUAGAUGCUACCAAGAGCUCAGAAACACCUUCGCGGCCAGAUUCAAGGAUGGAACUCGAGCGAGCCGGCACACCUAGUAUACCUCUGGACAAGGAUGAGAAGGACGAGUUCUUGAGGCGAGAAAAUGAGCUCCAGGACCAAGUGGCGGAGAAGGAGACGCUGCUCGCAAAGGCCGAAGAUCAUUUGAAGACGGCGAAGGAGGAGCUGCAAUACUUCAAAGAGCGUGAUUCCAAGUCAAACAAGGACAAUGAGCGGAUGACAACCGAGCUCAAUGAACUCAAGAUGCAGAUCGAGAAGAUCAACUUCGAGAGCAAGGAGGCAAUGAUCACAAUGGACGGGCUCAAGGAGGCCAAUGCAGAGCUCACAACUGAACUGGACGAUGUCAAGCAGCAACUUCUCGAUGCCAGGAUGAAUGCGAAGGAAACCAGCGCUGCCCUGGACGAGAAAAAGAAAAAGAAGGCAGAGGCUAUGGCGCAAAUGAUGGCCGGCUUCGACCUUGGUGGCGAGGUUUUCAGCGAGAACGAGCGCAGCAUUCGGAAGAUCAUCGAGCAACUAGACGCUCUUUACGACAUGAGCUCGUCUGGUGAGGCCGUCGCACCUGAUGCCAUCCAAGAAGUCCGCGAGAAGCUUGUGGAAACACAGGGAAUCGUGAGGCAGGCAGAGCUUUCUCUAACUGCACGUAAUGAGGAGGACGGCGUCCACAACCGACGACGCGAAGCCCUUGAGGCACGGCUUGCGGAGCUGCAGCAGGCGUACGAAGAGAUCCUUGAACGCAACCUUUCGGAGGCAGACACGGAGGAGCUCAAGUCUCGACUUGCAGAUGCCUAUGCCGCACGACAAGAAGGCAACAUUGAGCUCGCCGAGGAACUUAAGUCGGACCUCUCCCGGAAGAGCGAGGAGAACCAGAAGCUCAAGGCGGAGAUCGACAGCCUGCAACAACGCAUCAAGAGCGGUGCCAUCGCGAACGGUGUGGCGAACGGCAUCAACGGCAAGACGGUGCAGCAGCAGAUUGCCGAGUUCGAUAAUAUGAAGAAGAGCCUGAUGCGUGACCUGCAGAAUAGGUGUGAGCGGGUCGUCGAGCUCGAGAUCUCGCUAGAUGAAACGCGCGAGCAGUACAACAACGUGCUCCGGACAUCCAACAACCGCGCCCAGCAGAAGAAGAUGAUGUUCCUAGAGCGCAAUCUUGAGCAGCUCACCGUCGUCCAGCGACAGCUCGUCGAACAAAAUUCGUCGCUGAAGAAGGAAGUCGCGAUUGCGGAGCGCAAGCUUAUCGCCCGCAAUGAGCGGAUACAGAGCCUAGAGCAGCUGCUCCAGGAUUCGCAGGAGAAGCUCACCGCUGCGAAUCAUCGAUUCGAAGCCCAACUCACGGCCGUCAAAGAGCGCCUCGAAGCGGCGAAGCAGGGAUCAACUCGCGGUCUUGGAUCGCCUACAGGCGCUUCGUUCGUUACCGGCGGCGCUAUCGGCUCCCGCAUUGCCAAACCUCUGCGCGGCGGAGGUGGUCCAGUGCAGGACGGCCCUGUGUUGCCCGUGCUGAGCAACCUUCAGGCGCAAGAGGCUAACCAAGGGAGCGGAAAAAGGACGAGCUGGUUCUUCAAUCAGCGGUAGAAGACGCCACCGCCAGUUAUAACAACUGAUGAUGGUGGAAUAAGGUGAUGCGCAGCAUAUUGCCGGAUUUGGAUAUCACUUAUCUUGCGGUUUGGCGCUGACGCUCCUGGUGGGCGUUGACGGCUUCAUUGGGCUUUUUAUACAAGAGGCAGUUCAAGAGGUGGGAGGUCUCCUCGCUCAACAGAUCGUAUCGAUGGGUGCGCGGGGCAGGGCGAUGGGGAGGACGACCUGAACGCUAAUGAGAGUCAUGCAUCCGUUGGAGUUUUGCGCGUCCUUUGGGCUGUUAGCAUCAUUUAUUCUCAUAUAUCCUCCCCGGAUUCCCCCCUCCCAUAGAUGGCACUCAGUCAGUCAGUCAGCCAGUCAAUCAAUUUGAACAUCCCAAUCACAAG